AUGGGCUACGUGCUGGUAAUCUCUCUUCCCGUGAUCCUCCUCCUGGCCAUCCUUGCUUUGGCCUGCUACCUAUUUGGCCGGGCCCGUGGACGGAGCGAGGCGAGCUGGCCCACUCAGAUAUAUGGGCCCCCGGCGCCUCCACCCCAGGCCUUCUAUCCGCCUGCUCCUCCGGCUCAGGCCCAUUCCAAAUCCUGA